AGACCAGGCGCAGAGGGCUCGCCAGCCCGCGGCUUCCUGGCAGGUUGGGUGCGCCGGCCUGGGCAGCCCGCAGAUCGGGUUCCUCCCAGUCUCCUCCCCUGGACACACAAGUAGACCUCUGGCAAGUUCUACACAACCAGCUGUGUGUGAUGAGCAGUCACACCUCUCCUUGCCACAUCAGGGUCUCUGACAGCAUGCGGCAGGCCAGCAUCCCCCAAACCAUGACGGCUGUGCCAGAAGCCAGCAGCCCCUGCAGGCUGGAGGCCAAGGCAGCUCCAUCCUCCCAGGCCAGGGGCAUAGCUGGGGUGUACAUGGAGGCCUCAGGCCAGGUCCAGAGUUUCUACACGGCCAUGAAGCAGGGCCAUCUGCCUGCAGGGCUGGGACUGACUCUGCUGGAGGCCCAGGCGGCCACCGGAGGCCUCGUGGACCCUGUCCAGGGCCAGCUGCUCCCUGUGUCACAGGCUCUGCAGGAGGGCCUAGUGGGGCUGGAGCUGAGGGAGAAGCUUCUGGCUGCUGAGUGUGCAGUCACUGGCUACCCAGACCCAUAUGGGGGUGAGAAGCUGGCCCUCUUCCAGGCCAUUGGGAAGGAGGUCGUGGACAGGUCCCUGGGCUGGAGUUGGCUGGAGGCCCAGUUGGCCACAGGGGGCCUGGUGGACCCCGCCCGGGGCGUGCGAGUGGACCCUGAGACAGCCUGCCAGCAGGGCCUCCUGGAUCGGGAGACGUGGCAGGGCCUGUUGGAGCUUGAGCCUAACGCAAGUUCCCGGGGUUUCCUCGACCCCAACACUCUGGAGCGGCUGACAUACCGCAAGCUUCUGGAAAGGUGUGUGCAGGCCCCUGGCUUAGGGUUGGCCCUGCUACCCAUCAGGAUCACAUUCCACUCCCUGGGCAGGGCGGUGAGUGCUGCUGAGCUGCUAGAGGCAGGUGUCCUGGACAAGGAGGCCAUGCAAGGCCUGCAGGAGGGCAGGCUGGCUAUGCAGGAUGUGAGCAGGCGUGCUGAAGUGCGGCGGUACCUGGAGGGGACUGGCAGCGUGGCAGGGGUUGUCCUGCUGCCUGAAGGCCACAAGAAGAGUUUUUUCCAGGCCAUCUCUGAGCAUCUGCUCCCAAUGGGCACUGUACUCCCACUUCUGGAGGCUCAGGCUGCCACCUACACCCUGGUGGACCCAGCCACAGGCCGACGGCUGUGGGUGGAUGAGGCAGUCACGGUGGGUCUGGUUGGUCCUGAGCUCCACGAGCAGCUCCUUGUGGCGGAGCAGGCUGUGAUCGGGUACCACGACCCCUUCAGCAUCUCCCGGAUUCCCGUCUUUCAGGCCAUGAAGAAAGGACUGGUGGACAGGCCGCUGGCACUGCGACUCCUGGAUGCACAGAUGGCCACAGGUGGAUUAGUAUGUCCCACCCGCAGGCUUCGGCUGCCCCUGGGGGCAGCCCUGCACUUUGGCUGCCUGGACAAGGCCACUCAGCAGCUGCUCUCACAGGCCGCUGGCUACACAGACCCCAGCACGCACAGAAGCCUGCACUACGAGCAGCUGCUGGCCUGCUGUGUCACUGACCCUGAAACAGGGCUCGCCUUCCUACCCGUCCCAGGGCGGCUUAAUGAAGAGACACCCUGGGGACCCCCGUUCAUUGAGGACUGCACUCGGCAAGCCUUGAGUGCAGCCAUGACCACCAUCUCUGUGGGGAAGGCCCAGGACCGGCCCGUGUCCCUCUGGGAGCUGCUCUUCUCUGAGGCAGUCCCUGUACAGCAGAGAGCAAUGCUAGCCCGGCGGCAUAGGGAAGGUGCCCUGUCAGUGGAGGAGCUGGCCGCUGAGCUGAAAUCUACCAUCGAGCAAGCUGCAGCCACUGCCAGGGUCACUUUUGCUGGGCUCAGGGAUUCUGUAACACCAGAAGAACUACUGAGCGCCAAGAUCAUCGGCCAGGAUGUGUAUGAGCAGCUGGAACAAGGACAGACCACGGCCCAGGACGUGGGCAGCCUGGACUCAGUGCAGCGCUACCUACAGGGCACGGGCUGCAUCGCUGGCUUGCUGCUGCCUGACUCCCAGGAGCGGCUCAGUGUGUACGAGGCCCGCGGCAGGGGGCUGCUCAGGCCUGGUACUGCCCUCAUCCUUCUUGAGGCACAGGCCGCCACUGGCUUCAUCAUGGACCCCAAGGAAAACAAGAGCCACUCUGUGGAGGAGGCACUGACGGCCGGCAUCAUUGGGCCUGAUGUGUACAUGAAGCUGCUAUCGGCCGAGCGUGCCGUCACCGGCUACACCGACCCCUACACUGGGGAGCAGAUCUCCCUCUUCCAGGCCAUGCAGCGGGACCUCAUCGUGCGGGACCACGGCAUCCGCCUGCUGGAGGCCCAGAUCGCCACGGGCGGGGUCAUCGACCCUGUGCACAGCCACCGCGUGCCCGUGGACGUAGCCUACCAGCGCGGCUACUUUGACCAGACACUGAACUCCAUCCUCUUGGACCCCAGUGACGACACCAAGGGCUUCUUCGACCCCAACACACAUGAGAACCUCACAUACCUGCAGCUGCUGGAGCGCUGUGUGCGCGACCCCGCAACAGGCUUACACCUGCUGCCACUGUCCGGUGCACGGCCCCAGCUUGUGGACAGCGCCACCCAGCAAGCCCUCCAGAACCUGGUGCUGUCUGUGAAGUACGGGCGGCUCCAGGGGCAGAGGGUCUCUGCAUGGGAGCUGGUCAACUCAGAGUACGUCAGCGAGGCCCAGAGGAGGCAGCUGCUGCGGCAAUACUGGCUGGGCAGGGUCACGCGGGAACAGGUUGAGCGGCUGCUGGAGGCUGCAUCAUGCAGGAGGGCAGACAUCACUGUGCCCACACUGCGGGGCUAUGUCACCGCCUAUCAGCUCCUGGAGGCCCAUGUUAUCAACCAGCAGCUCUUAGACCAAGUGCUAGCAGGGACAGUCAGCCCCGAGGCCCUCCUCCGCCUGGACAGUGUUCACAGGUCCCUACGUGGCUCGGGUGCUGUGGCUGGUGUGCUGUUGCAGCCUUCGAACCAACAGCUCAGCCUCUACCAGGCUAUGCAGCGCCAGCUGCUGGCCCCCCGUGUGGCCCUGGCUCUGCUAGAGGCUCAGGCAGCCACUGGAGCCAUUGUGGACCCUCACAGUCUAGAGACUCUCUCAGUGGAUGAGGCCGUGCACAAGGGCGUGGUGGGGCCAGAGCUAUACCACAGGCUGAGGUGGGCCGAGGGCUCUGUCACUGGCUUCAGAGACCCCUUUUCUGGGAAGCAGGUGUCCUUGUUUCAGGCCAUGAGGAAGGGCCUUGUCCCUUUGGAGCAAGCCACCCGCCUCCUAGAGGCCCAGGUGGCCACAGGAGGGGUCAUUGACCCCACAGGCCACCUACAUCUCCCCAUGCCAGUGGCCAUUGAGCGUGGCUACAUUGACCAGGAGAUAGAGAUGGCUGUGUCCAAGUCCUCCGAGACCUUCCCCACACUGGAUGGCCGGGGACACACCAGCUACGUCCGGCUCCUAGAGCAAUGUGCUCAGGAUGAGGCCUCUGGCCUGUACUUCCUGCCCUUGCCAGAAAGUGGCCCCACUGUCCCCACUGAUGAGCAGAUUGAGGAGGUCCUCCGGGCCACGCCAGGCACAGCAGGCAGCGUGUCUCUCUGGGACCUGCUCGGCUCUCACCACUUCACUGAAGAGCAGAGGAGGGGCUUCCUGGAGGAUGUUCGGGAGGGGAGGACCACCACAGCCCAGCUGCACGGAACUGUGCAGAAGUGGGUGCAGGAGGCCGAGCUCUUGGCUCAGGCACACAUCACGGUGCCUGGCCCGUGGGGUGAGGUCCCUGCCACCUGGCUGCUGGACAUGGGCAUCAUCACUCAGGAGACCCUGGAGGCACUGGCUCAAGGCAUGCAGCUGCCUGCGGAGGUGGCCAAGCAGCCGGAGGUGAAGGCUUGCCUGUGGGGCACAGGCUGCGUGGCUGGAGUGUUGCUGCAGCCCUCUGGGACCAAGGUCAGCAUUUCCCAGGCCAUGAAGGAUGGCCUCCUGGCCGCAGGCCUGGGCCAGAGCCUGCUGGAGGCCCAGGUAGCAUCUGGAUCCCUUGUUGACCCUCUGACCAGCCAGAGACUGUCAGUGGAGGAGGCACUCAAGGCCGGCCUGGUAGGCAGGGGACUGAGUGAGCGGCUCCGGCAGGCUGAGAGGGCUGUGGCAGGAUACACAGACCUCUACUCGGUGGGCCCCCUCUCUCUGUGGCAGGCUGUGGAGAAAGGGCUCGUGCCCCGGAGUGAGGGCUUUCCCCUCCUGCAGGUGCAGCUGGCCACAGGGGGUGUGGUGGACCCUGUGCACAGGGUGCACCUGCCCCAGGCAGUGGCUUGCAGGCUUGGCUUCCUUGACGAAGAGACAGGCCGGGCACUGACCACAACCGAGGCAGACAACAAGUUCUUCUUUGACCCCAACACGCAGGACAAAGUGACAUACCAGCAGCUCAAGGAGCUCUGCAUGCUGGAUGCUGAGACUGGCCUGUUUCUGCUGCCACUCUCCGAGGACACAGUGCUGCAAGUGGAUGACCACACCGCAGUAGCCUUGAGGGCCAUGAAGGUGCCUGUCAGCACGGGGAGGUUUCAAGGGUGCAGCGUGUCGCUCUGGGACCUGCUGUGCUCUGAGUACAUCAGCCCUGACAAGCGGCAGGAGCUGGCAGCCCUGUGCCAGUCUGGGAGGGCGGCAGCACUGCGGCAAGUGGUCAGUGUGGUCACAGCCCUAGUGGAGGCUGCAGAGGGACAGCCCCUCCCGGCCACCUUCACAGGGCUCCGGAAGCAGGUGUCAGCCCAGGACUUGUUCAGGUCCCAGCUGAUCACCAAGAAGAUGCUGGAGGAGCUGCAGCAGGGGAAGAGGACUACACAGGAGGUCAUGCAGAUAGACAGUGUGAGGCGGGCCCUGGAGGGGGGCAACUUCAUUGCCGGGGUCCUCAUCCAGGACACCAAGGAGAGGCUGAGCAUCCCGGAGGCCCUGCAAAGGCAUAUCCUGCGGCCCGGUACGGCUCUGGUGCUGCUGGAAGCACAGGCAGCCACCGGCUUCAUCAUCGACCCUGUGCAGAACCGCAAGCUGACUGUGGAGCAGGCAUUCGAGGCAGGGAUGUUUGACAAAGAAACCUACGCAAAGUUGCUGUCGGCCGAGCGCGCUGUCACCGGCUACACCGACCCUUACACCGGAGAGCAGAUCUCCCUCUUCCAGGCCAUGAAGAAGGACCUCAUCGUGCGGGACCACGGCAUUCGCCUGCUGGAGGCCCAGAUCGCCACAGGUGGCAUCAUAGACCCCGUGCACAGCCACCGCGUGCCCGUGGACGUGGCCUACCAGCGUGGCUACUUCGAUGAGGAGAUGAACCGCAUCCUGGCAGACCCGAGCGACGACACCAAGGGCUUCUUCGACCCCAACACGCACGAGAACCUCACCUAUCUGCAGCUGCUGGAGCGCUGUGUGGAAGACCCCGAGACAGGCCUGCAUCUGCUACAAAUUGUAAAGAAAGGAGAAACCUACAUGUACAUUGAUGAGGCCACCAGGAAUACUCUUCGUUCCAGAGCCAUGAAGAUGCACGUGGGGAGGUUUGCCCACCAGACAGUCUCUCUUUGGGACCUGCUAUCCUCAUCAUAUUUCACAGAGGAAAGGAGGCACAAGCUCUUGCUGGACCACAGAGACAGGGAUGGAGGCCUGGAGGAAUUGUCAGAAGUCAUUACCACAACCAUCCAGGAGGCAGAAGAGCAGAGCCAAGCCAUCAAGGUGGCGGCCAUCAGGGGGAGUACGACAGCCGCAGACUUGAUCAGCACCGGAGUCCUGGACAAAACGACCCUGAAAUCUCUCUGCAGGGAUCACAGGGCUGGGGAGGCUCUCAGGCAGCUGGAGCAUGUGAACAUCUACCUGGAAGGCAGUGGCUGCAUCGCCGGGGUGACCGUGCCCUCUACCCAGGAGGUGGUGAGCUUCUACGAGGCCAGCAGGAGAGGGUUCAUUCCCAUAGCAUUUGCAGCCCAGCUGCUGGAGGCACAGGCCGCCACUGGGUCCCUACUGGACCCCUGCACCCAACAGAGGCUGUCAGUGGAUGAGGCCGUGGCUGCAGGGCUGGUGGGUGAAGAGCUACAAGAAAGGCUCUCAGCUGCUGAGAAGGCUGCCACAGGCUAUCACGACCCAAAUUCAGGAGACACGAUCCCGUUGUUCCAAGCCUUAGAGAGGAACUUGGUCAAGAAGGCAGAUGCCCUGAGGCUGCUGGAGGUACAGGUGGCCACUGGAGGCAUCAUCGACCCACGAGUACACCACCGACUCCCGCUACAGACAGCUUACAGACGUGAGUGUCUACACCAGGACGUGUACGCGCUCGUGGCUGAUCAGAAGCACAUGAAGAAGAGGUUUGUGGACCCCAACACACAGGAGAGGGUCACGUACCAAGAGUUGCAGGCAAGGUGCCAGAGACAGGAAAACACAGGGUGGGUACUGUUCCCAGUGGUCAGGGACACAGAAGAGCUCCAGUACAUCGACGAGGCUACAAUAAGAGCUCUCAAGGCAGAGCAGGUGCCAGUGACUCUGGGCAGGUACAGAGGACGAAAGAUGACAGUCUGGGAGCUGCUCAACUCAGAAUAUGUGACGGAGGAAAAAAAGCUCGAGCUGGUCAGAAUGUACAAAAGGGACACCACGCGAGCGCUACAAAAAGUUGUACAGGUGAUCUUAGAAAUGAUAAAGGAGCAGGAACAGAAGCAGAAGCAGCAGUGGUUUCGAGGCAUAAGAAGGAAUGUCACAGCAUCAGAGCUCCUCAGUGCAGACAUCCUCACAAAAGAGAUGCUGGAAGGCCUGCAGAAGGGCACGCUCACAGCACAGGAGAUUGGAAGAGACGACAGAGUGAAGCGCUACCUGCAGGGCACCAGCAGCAUCGCCGGCAUCCUGGUGCCCUCCAAGGACGAGCCCGGCCGCCAGGAGAAGAUGAGCAUCUACCAGGCCAUGUGGAAGGGCGUGCUGCGUCCUGGCACGGCCCUGGUGCUGCUGGAGGCGCAGGCGGCCACCGGCUUCGUCAUCGACCCCGUGCGCAACCUGCGGCUGUCCGUGGAGGAGGCCGUGGCCGCGGGGGUGGUGGGCGGCGAGAUCCAGGAGAAGCUGCUGUCGGCCGAGCGUGCUGUCACCGGCUACACCGACCCCUACACCGGGGAGCAGAUCUCCCUCUUCCAGGCCAUGCAGCGGGACCUCAUCGUGCGGCACCAUGGCAUUCGCCUGCUGGAGGCCCAGAUCGCCACGGGUGGGGUCAUCGACCCUGUGCACAGCCACCGUGUGCCCGUGGACGUGGCCUACCAGCGUGGCUACUUCGACGAGGAGAUGAACCGCGUACUGGCAGACCCGAGCGAUGACACCAAGGGCUUCUUCGACCCCAACACGCACGAGAACCUUACCUACAUGCAGCUGCUGCACCGCUGUGUGCGCGACGCAGACUCCGGGCUCUACAUGCUGCAGCUGGCGGGCCGGGACUCGGCCUUGCACCAGCUGAGUGAGGAGCUGCGUGGAGCCCUGCGCGAUGCCCGUGUGACGCUGGGCUCAGGCGCCCUUCAGGGCCAAAGUGUCUCCGUGUGGGAACUCCUAUUCUACCACGAGGUGCCAGAGAGCGUACGCCAAGACUUGCUGGGCAGAUACCGGGCAGGCACCCUGACCGUGCAGGAGGUCGGUGCUGCCCUCACCUCACUGCUGGCCCUGGCCAAGGAGGGGAUCACGCAUGUGGACAUGCAGGGGACCCUGCAUGCGGCCACCAUGGAGGUCAAGGUGGGCCGCCUCCGGGGUCAUACAGUGCCUGUGUGGGACGUGCUGGCGUCCAGCUACGUGAGUGGGGCCACCAGGGAGGAGCUGCUGGCCCAGUUUGGUGCCGGGACACUGGCCUUGCCCAUGCUGACCAGCCGGCUGACCGCCAUCAUCGAAGAGGCCGAGGAGGCCAAGGAAGCCCAUGGGGCCCGGCCAGGACUAGAGGAUGCCUCACCCUGCCCACAGAGGCCUGGCAAGCCCAGGCAUGCGGACAGUAGCUCAGGGCACUGCCAGGGCCUGGCCGAGGCCAAGGCCGCCGGCCACCGCCAGGAACAGGCCCUGCGUGCCACCACCAUGGAGGUGCACUCCGGGCAGUUCCAGGGACGGCCUGUGUCCGUCUGGGAUGUCCUCUUCUCCUCCUAUCUGAGCAAGGCCCACCGAGACGAGCUCCUGGCCCAGCACGCGGCCGGCACCCUGGGCCUGUCUGAGCUCAUAGCUGUCCUUACCCAGCUCAUUGAAGAGACCGAGGAGCGCCUCAGCCAGGUGUCCUUCCGUGGCCUGCGGCGCCAGGUGUCCGCCUCCGAGCUGCGCAACUCCGGGAUCCUGGGCCCAGAGACCCUGCGGGACCUGGUGCAGGGCACUAAGUCCCUUCAGGAGGUGACGGAGAUGGACUCCGUCAAGCACUACCUGCAGGGCACCAGCAGCAUCGCGGGUGUUCUGGUGCCCUCCAAGGACGAGCCCGGCCGCCAGGAGAAGAUGAGCAUCUACCAGGCCAUGUGGAAGGGCGUGCUGCGUCCCGGCACGGCCCUGGUGCUGCUGGAGGCGCAGGCGGCCACCGGCUUCGUCAUCGACCCCGUGCGCAACCUGCGGCUGUCCGUGGAGGAGGCCGUGGCCACGGGGGUGGUGGGCGGCGAGAUCCAGGAGAAGCUGCUGUCGGCCGAGCGUGCUGUCACCGGCUACACCGACCCCUACACGGGGCAGCAGAUCUCCCUCUUCCAGGCCAUGCAGCGGGACCUCAUCGUGCGGGACCACGGCAUUCGUCUGCUGGAGGCCCAGAUCGCCACCGGUGGGGUCAUCGACCCUGUGCACAGCCACCGUGUGCCCGUGGACGUGGCCUACCAGCGUGGCUACUUCGACGAGGAGAUGAACCGCGUACUGGCAGACCCGAGCGAUGACACCAAGGGCUUCUUCGACCCCAACACGCACGAGAACCUUACCUACAUGCAGCUGCUGCGCCGCUGUGUGCGCGACCCAGACUCCGGGCUCUACAUGCUGCAGCUGGCAGGCCGGGACUCGGCCUUAUACCAGUUGAGUGAGGAGCUGCGUGGAGGCCUGCGUGAUGCCCGUGUGAUGCUGGGCUCAGGCGCCCUGCAGGGCCAGACCGUCUCUGUGUGGGAACUCCUCUUCUAUCGUGAGGUGCCUGAGAGCGUACGCCAGGACCUGCUGGGCAGAUACCGGGCAGGCACACUGAUGGUUCAGGAGGUCGGUGCCGCCCUCACCUCACUGCUGGCCCCUGCUGAGGAGGGGAGCCCACACGCAGAUAUACGGGGGACGCUGUGUGCGGCCACCAUGGAGGUCAAGGUGGGCCGCCUCCAGGGCCAUGCGGUGCCCGUGUGGGAUGUGUUGGCAUCCAGCUACGUGAGCUCGGCCACCCGGGAGGAGCUGCUGGCCCAGUUCAGCGCUGGGACACUGGCCUUGCCCACACUGACCAGCCGGCUGACUGCCAUCAUCGAGGAGGCUGAGGAGGCCCACAGGGUCUGGCUAGGCCUGGAGGAUGAUUCACCCUGCCAGCAGAGGCCCGGCACGCCCGGGCAUGCGGACAGUGGCUCUGGGCUCUGCCGGGGCCUGGCCGAGGCCACAGGCCACCGCCAGGAGCAGGCCCUGCAUGACACCACCAUGGAGGUGCACUCCGGGCAGUUCCAGGGACGGCCUGUGUCCGUCUGGGAAGUCCUCUUCUCCUCCUACCUGAGCGAGGCCCGCCGAGAUGAGCUCCUGGCCCAGCACGUGGCUGGCACCCUGGGCCUGUCUGAGCUCAUGGCCCUCCUCACUCAGCUCAUUGAAGAGACCGAGGAGCGCCUCAGCCAGGUGUCCUUCCGUGGACUACGGCGCCAGGUGUCCGCCUCUGAGCUGCGCACCUCCGGGAUCCUGGGCCCCGAGACCCUGCGGGACCUGGUGCAGGGCACUAAGUCCCUUCAGGAGGUGACAGAGAUGGACUCCGUCAAGCGAUACCUGCAGGGCACCAGCAGCAUCGCGGGUGUCCUGGUGCCCUCCAAGGACGAGCCCGGCUGCCAGGAGAAGAUGAGCAUCUACCAGGCCAUGUGGAAGGGCGUGCUGCGUCCCGGCACGGCCCUGGUGCUGCUGGAGGCGCAGGCGGCCACCGGCUUCGUCAUCGACCCCGUGCGCAACCUGCGGCUGUCCGUGGAGGAGGCCGUGGCCACGGGGGUGGUGGGCGGCGAGAUCCAGGAGAAGCUGCUGUCGGCCGAGCGUGCUGUCACCGGCUACACCGACCCCUACACGGGGGAGCAGAUCUCCCUCUUCCAGGCCAUGCAGCGGGACCUCAUCGUGCGGGACCACGGCAUUCGUCUGCUGGAGGCCCAGAUCGCCACCGGUGGGGUCAUCGACCCUGUGCACAGCCACCGUGUGCCCGUGGACGUGGCCUACCAGCGUGGCUACUUCGACGAGGAGAUGAACCGCGUACUGGCAGAUCCGAGUGAUGACACCAAGGGCUUCUUCGACCCCAACACACAUGAGAACCUUACCUACGUGCAGCUGCUGCGCCGCUGUGUGCGCGACCCAGACUCUGGGCUCUACAUGCUGCAGCUGGCGGGCCGGGACUCGGCCUUGCACCAGCUGAGUGAGGAGCUGCGUGGAGCCCUGCGCGAUGCCCGUGUGACGCUGGGCUCAGGCGCCCUGCAGGGCCAAAGUGUCUCCGUGUGGGAACUCCUAUUCUACCACGAGGUGCCAGAGAGCGUACGCCAAGACUUGCUGGGCAGAUACCGGGCAGGCACCCUGACCGUGCAGGAGGUCGGUGCUGCCCUCACCUCACUGCUGGCCCUGGCCAAGGAGGGGAUCACGCAUGCGGACAUGCAGGGGACCCUGCAUGCGGCCACCAUGGAGGUCAAGGUGGGCCGCCUCCGGGGUCAUACAGUGCCUGUGUGGGACGUGCUGGCGUCCAGCUACGUGAGUGGGGCCACCAGGGAGGAGCUGCUGGCCCAGUUUGGUGCCGGGACACUGGCCUUGCCCAUGCUGACCAGCCGGCUGACCGCCAUCAUCGAAGAGGCCGAGGAGGCCGAGGAAGCCCAUGGCGCCCGGCCAGGACUAGAGGAUGCCUCACCCUGCCCGCAGAGGCCUGGCAAGCCCAGGCAUGCGGACAGUAGCUCAGGGCAAUGCCAGGGCCUGGCCAAGGCCGAGGCCGCCGGCCACCGCCAGGAGCUGGCCCUGCGUGCCACCACCAUGGAGGUGCACUCCGGGCAGUUCCAGGGACGGCCUGUGUCCGUCUGGGAUGUCCUCUUCUCCUCCUAUCUGAGCAAGGCCCACCGAGACGAGCUCCUGGCCCAGCACGCGGCCGGCACCCUGGGCCUGUCUGAGCUUAUAGCUGUCCUUACCCAGCUCAUUGAAGAGACUGAGGAGCGCCUCAGCCAGGUGUCCUUCCAUGGCCUGCGGCGCCAGGUGUCUGCCUCCGAGCUGCGCACCUCCGGAAUCCUGGGCCCCGAGACCCUGCGGGACCUGGUGCAGGGCACUAAGUCCCUUCAGGAGGUGACAGAGAUGGACUCCGUCAAGCGCUACCUGCAGGGAACCAGCAGCAUCGCGGGCGUCCUGGUGCCCUCCAAGGACGAGCCCGGCCGCCAGGAGAAGAUGAGCAUCUACCAAGCCAUGUGGAAGGGCGUGCUGCGUCCCGGCACGGCCCUGGUGCUGCUGGAGGCGCAGGCGGCCACCGGCUUCGUCAUCGACCCCGUGCGCAACCUGCGGCUGUCCGUGGAGGAGGCCGUGGCCGCGGGGGUGGUGGGCGGUGAGAUCCAGGAGAAGCUGCUGUCGGCCGAGCGUGCUGUCACCGGCUACACCGACCCCUACACGGGGCAGCAGAUCUCCCUCUUCCAGGCCAUGCAGCGGGACCUCAUCGUGCGGGACCACGGCAUUCGUCUGCUGGAGGCCCAGAUCGCCACCGGUGGGGUCAUCGACCCUGUACACAGCCACCGUGUGCCCGUGGACGUGGCCUACCAGCGUGGCUACUUCGACGAGGAGAUGAACCGCGUACUGGCAGAUCCGAGUGAUGACACCAAGGGCUUCUUCGACCCCAACACGCACGAGAACCUUACCUAUAUGCAGCUGCUGCACCGCUGUGUGCGCGACGUAGACUCCGGGCUCUACAUGCUGCAGCUGGCGGGCCGGGACUCGGCCUUGCACCAGCUGAGUGAGGAGCUGCGUGGAGGCCUGCGUGAUGCCCGUGUGACACUGGGCUCAGGCGCCCUGCAGGGCCAGAGCGUCUCUGUGUGGGAACUCCUCUUCUAUCGUGAGGUGCCCGAGAGCGUACGCCAGGACCUGCUGGGCAGAUACCGGGCAGGCACGCUGAUGGUUCAGGAGGUCGGUGCCGCCCUCACCUCACUGCUGGCCCCUGCUGAGGAGGGGAGCCCGCACGCGGAUAUGCGGGGGACGCUGUGUGCGGCCACCAUGGAGGUCAAGGUGGGCCACCUCCAGGGCCAUGCGGUGCCCGUGUGGGACGUGUUGGCAUCCAGCUACGUGAGCGCGGCCACCCGGGAGGAGCUGCUGGCCCAGUUCAGCGCGGGGACACUGGCCUUGCCCACACUGACCAGCCGGCUGACUGCCAUUAUCGAGGAGGCCGAGGAGGCCCACAGGGCCUGGCCAGGACUGGAGGACACUUCACCCCGCCAGCAGAGGCCCGGCACUCCCGGGCAUGAGGACAGUGGCUUUGGGUUCUGCCAGGGCCUGGCUAAGGGCGAGGCCCCUGGCUGCCCCCAGGAGCAGGCCCUGCAUGCCGCCACCAUGGAAGUGCGCUCUGGGCAGUUCAAGGGACGGCCUGUGUCCGUCUGGGAAGUCCUCUUCUCCUCCUACGUGAGCGAGCCCCGCCGAGACGAGCUCCUGGCCCAGCACACAGCCGGCACCCUGGGCCUAUCUGAGCUCGUGGCCGUCCUCACCCAGCUCAUUGAAGAGUCCGAGGAGCGCCUCAGCCAGGUGUCCUUCCGUGGCCUGCGGCGCCAGGUAUCCGCCUCUGAGCUGCGCACCUCUGGGAUCCUGCGCCCCGAGACCCUGCGGGACCUGGUGCAGGGCACUAAGUCCCUUCAGGAGGUGACAGAGAUGGACUCCGUCAAGCGCUACCUGCAGGGCACCAGCAGCAUCGCGGGUGUCCUGGUGCCCUCUAAGGACGAGCCCGGCCGCCAGGAGAAGAUGAGCAUCUACCAGGCCAUGUGGAAGGGCGUGCUGCGUCCCGGCACGGCCCUGGUGCUGCUGGAGGCGCAGGCGGCCACUGGCUUCGUCAUCGACCCCGUGCGCAACCUGCGGCUGUCCGUGGAGGAGGCCGUGGCCACCGGGGUGGUGGGCGGCGAGAUCCAGGAGAAGCUGCUGUCGGCUGAGCGCGCCGUCACCGGCUACACCGACCCCUACACGGGGGAGCAGAUCUCCCUCUUCCAGGCCAUGCAGCGGGACCUCAUCGUGCGGGACCAUGGCAUUCGCCUGCUGGAGGCCCAGAUCGCCACGGGUGGGGUCAUCGACCCCGUGCACAGCCACCGUGUGCCCGUGGACGUGGCCUACCAACGUGGCUACUUCAACGAGGAGAUGAACCGUGUCCUGGCAGACCCAAGCGAUGACACCAAGGGCUUCUUCGACCCCAACACGCACGAGAACCUCACCUACCUAGAGCUACUGAGCAGGGCAACUCUUGACUCUGAGACUGGGCUUCUGCUUCUCCCUGUGUCAGGGAUGUGAUGGGCUUGUCUGUGUCAGGUUUGUGACCCACAGGGGUUACCUGAUCCUGUAUUGUUAUCUUUUUUUUUUUUUUAGUCAGAGUCUCAAGCUGUCACCCUGGGUAGAGUGCUAUGGUUUCACAGCUCACAGUAACCUCAAACUCUUCAGCUUAAGUUAUUCUUUUGUCUCAGCCUCCUGAUUAGGUGGGACUACAAGUGGCUUCCAGAACACCGGGCUAUUUUUUUAGGUUGUAGUUGUCAUUGUUGUUUGGGAGGCCCAGGUUGGAUCGAACCCUCCAGCUCCAGUGUAUGUGGUUGGCUACCUAGCCCUGGGGGUACAGGUGCCAAGCCUUUUUUGUUGUUGUUGUUAAGAUUUAUUGUGUUUCACGUAAGGUAUUACUUGAAAAUUUCAUUGUCAGCACAUACUUUUUGUCCUGUUCGCAGCUUGGUCCUUGCUUUCCACUCUGGUGCUGGUCAUGUUAUCUUAGCAUGUAGGGGCUGUCUGCCCGUACUUCCCACUAUAUAUAUUUUUUCAAUUCUUAGAUAGUUUACAUAUGUCUUUCUUUGUCUCUGUGUGUAAUGAAAAAUGACACUUUGGUCUGUCCUCCUGGGAAUGUCAUGGUGAAGUGCACACGUUUAUUGUGUUAUAAUUCUCAUUAAAUGCAUUCCUUUCAUUUAUGAAGAAUGUUCUUGUUUCUGGCAAUCUCAUUUCUUCCUGUGUGAUGUGCUCAGUUAAGUGGUGAUGGCUCCUCUGUGCGCAGCUCUUUCUUCUUGGCCAUCUGCUUUGCAGGGUAGCCACCAGUGACUUGAGUAUUUCUCUUGUGGCGGCUCAGCCUGCAGCUGUGAACCUAGGGCCGCCAGCCUGCUUCCUUUUGCAGAAAUCAUUUUGGUAGAAAUUUACAAAAAAAUUGUUACAUAGGGGGCGGUGCCUGUGGUUCAGUGAGUAAGGCACCAGCCCCUGAGGGUGGUGGGUUCAAACCCAGCCCCGGCCAAACUGCAACAAAAAAUAGCCUGGCGUUGUGGUGGGCGCCUGUAGUCCCAGCUACUCAGGAGGCUGAGGCAAGAGAAUCGCCUAAGCCCAGGAGUUGGAGGUUACUAUGAGCUGUGUGAUGCUACGGCACUCUACCGAGGGCAAUAAAGUAAGACUCUGUCUCUAAAAAAAAAUUGUUACAUAGGAACAAAACUAUUUCAGAUUUUGGAAAGUUCAUCUAGAUAGAUUCACAUUUUUGUUAUAGAGAUAGGAGGCCAAAGAAGAAAAAUUAGCAAUCCAAACCCAGGGUAACCUAGUGUCUUUCAUCACAAUAGUGUCCCAGGGCUGCAGUUGGGCCUUGCUCAAGGAUUCCUGGGGGAGCCCCAAACUUCAGUUGCCAAUGGCAGUGUGGGUGUGAGAGGCAGAUAGGCUUAUCUCCCUGGGGGGGGCCUGCCUCUUGCCGGCAGAUGGGCUGUCCCUGGGGGACAUCAAGACCCCUGGGGAGGAAAAGAGCCCAGAGACCUUGAGACAGGGCGAAGCCCUUACCAUCAUCCCUCUGCGGACCGUCAGCAGGCAGGUGGGGCUGAGCCCUUUGAACUCCUGUUGUGCAGUUAGAUCAGGGAAGCUGUUUUGUCUGCUCCAGGGAGACUGAAACCUGUUUUCCCCUCCUCCUUUCUAAAUACAUUAUUGCUGUUGUUGACAACUUACUACCCUUUGUUCCUGAUUGCCCAACCAUUUCCUCUUUACCCAAUCUUCCUGGGGGCUUGGAAUUCUUCUAAUCCAGCAAUUCUCAACCUGUGGGUCUAGACCCACGGGAACUGUAUUAAAGAGCCGCAAUAUUAGGAAGAGUGAGAACCACUGUUCUAAUCCUAUUUUUGAAUUUUGGCACCUUUACAUUUUGCAGAUACGCCACAGAGAUAAAUAAAAGGUUUCUGAGAAGUCGGAGUCACUGCA